GUCGGCCAGCUUUUUGCUUAUGUCUCUCGAUCAGCUGGACUUAGCGGUUUCGAUUGGUUGACAGAGGGCAUGCGUCUACUAUCAAAUGAGCAGUUGUCUUGGUCAAGAGAUUUCUUCUGCCCUGCGAUGAGUGACACUUGGGAAGUGCAGAAGAACAUGAUCUUGGAGGCCGAAGGUCUAGCGGUGUUGCUGCGCAGGGUGUUGGGCAGUCUUCGCGAGCCGACCGUGAAGAAUGGUAGUGCUGACGGAGGUUACAUCGAAGAGGAGGUUCUUGCUGGAGUGAAGCAAGCUUGUGCUGUUCUGGCGUUGGACCAGUCGGUUGCCAUGAGUGCAGUGGAUCUCCCGGAAGGUGUGACGCAGGACGCUGCUCUGGAUUACUUUGAGAAAAAUCUGACCGCUGAGCUGCUCCACAUCUUUAAUGAAUGUGGCGUUCCUGUCGGGUUGCAGUACAAGCUUGGUCAGCGUUUCAAGAACGUGAAGAAUCUUAUGCUGAUAGCAGGUCGGAUGUGA